CCCCCGGGGCCGACAUGCCCGUCAGGCCUCCCUCCUAAGCACCUACUCCCGACCUACCUACCUACUUACCAAGCCCGGGUAACCCGACGCCCCCAAAAUGUAACCCCAUCCAAUGACACCAGGGCAAGGCUCAUGAUCUGAACCCCUUUCCAGAGCGAUCACCGACCAUGGCGUUCGCCACCAGGUCACCUACAUCCUCACACACGGGCAACUGCAUGCCAAAUCGAACGGCCUCGCCGACCCUGCGCCCUAGCCGGCCUCCCAGUGAACGCACUUAUCUCGUACAUACACAAAGCCUGGAACCCUCGGGAGACCGCGAUCGAUCCGAUCCAGCCGCGUCCUGUGGCGUGUCACACGAGCAGAGAACAUAUCGAGUGUCCCAAGCAUGCAGGGAUGACAGCUAAGAGAAAACUCUGCGGGCUAAGACUUCUUGGACGCUGGGC